GGAACUCCCUGUCUGGGGAGGAGCGAGCGCGGGGAGCGAGCCGGCGGCCGGCGUUCAACUCGCUCCGAGCACGCCGUCACUCAGUCGCUUCCCAGCCCUCGUCGCGAGUGGUGUUGUCGCGCUUCUACGAGCGCACACAGCCGUUAUGUGUCGUACAUCGAAACAAGUUUGACGGGAAAUUCGUAAAGUUUUCCGACUGCAUCCGGACUAGCUUAGCGAUGCGCCCCGUAAUAUCAGUGACGUAUUGAACUGUGACAGUUUAAACUUUUAAGUUAUCCGAAAUGUUAUCGUUUGGAUUAUUGAGUGUGUGGUAUGCGGCAUGGAGCUGGUCGUACCUGUGCGCCGGUGGGGCGUCGCUGACGAGCCGAGUGGCGGAGGCGCCGCAGGAGUGCGAGUGGCAGCGAGUGUCGGGCGGCGCGGGCGAGCCCACGCGCGUGCAGCUAGCGUGCUCGCUGCGCACCGCCGCCGGCGCCACGGACCUGCUCGCCGGCCUCAGCACCUCGCAGGCGCAGCGCAUCACCUCCCUCGAUCUGCAUUGUACUGACGUGCUAUUCUUCGAGAGCUCCCUCGACGUCGGCAGAAGAAAAGAGGAGGGCACCGAACUUCUAUCACGAUUUCACAAUUUAAAAGAAAUGAGGAUAGAGUCAUGCAAAAUACGAUAUGUGCCAUCAGCUGUGUUGUCUCCUCUUAGCGGAUUACGGAGUUUGGUUAUUCGCACACACAAUACGGACUGGUCGGCUAUGUCGAUGGAAUUUCAUCGAGAUUCUUUCCGCGGAUUGACCGAUUUAAGGAAUUUGGAUUUAGGAGACAACAACAUUUGGAUUUUGCCGUCAGAGAUAUUCUGCCCUCUAUAUAAUUUGAAAGAUUUGAAUAUCACGCAAAACAGAUUACAAGAUAUUUCAAAUCUAGGUUUCUCUGACUGGGGCAACGGUCCCACGGCACCUGGAAAAUCGUGUAACACGGUGUUAGAGACGCUGGAUAUGUCGCACAAUGAAAUAAGUGGCCUACCGGAUAACGGAUUAUCGAGUUUGCGUGCACUGCAAAAGUUGUUAUUGCAAAACAAUAGGAUAUCAAAUGUCGCGGAUCGAGCUUUUGUGGGCUUGAGUGACUUACAAAUACUCAACUUAUCAUCAAAUGCACUGACCGCUCUACCUCCAGAAAUGUUUCAGUCUUCACGUGAUAUUAAGCAAAUAUAUUUGCACAAUAAUUCGUUGAGUGUACUUGCACCUGGAUUACUGGAAGGGUUGGAUCAAUUGCAAAUUUUGGACUUAUCUUCCAAUGAGUUGACAAGCGAGUGGGUGAACAGAGACACGUUUUCCGGAUUAGUGCGUCUUAUUGUUUUGAAUUUAUCACACAAUAGAAUAACUAAGAUUGAUGCACUACUGUUUCAAGAUUUAAAUAAUCUCCAGUUUCUGAGUUUAGAGUUUAACAAUAUUGGACGGAUAGCAGACGGUGCGUUUUCUAAUUUGAAAAACCUUCACUCUCUCUCAUUGGCACAUAAUAAUAUCAUAGAAGUUGAUAGCACUCAUUUUUCCAAUUUGUAUGUACUAAACCAGUUAUUCUUAGAUGGAAAUAGAAUAACUAAAGUUGAUCUUCGUUCCUUUGAAAAUAUAACAAAGCUUCACGAUUUGGGAUUAAGUGGAAACCAGCUGACCGAAGUUCCCGAAGCUAUAAAAACGUUACGAUUUUUAACGUCGUUAGACUUGGGAAUGAACAGGAUAACCAAAGUCACUACAACUCAGUUCGAGGGAUUAGAUGAUUUGUAUGGCUUGCGGCUAGUUGGAAACAAAAUUGAAAAGAUAUCUAAGGAUACGUUUUCGGCCUUGCCCUCACUACAGAUAUUGAAUUUGGCUUCAAACAAUAUUGAUCAAAUCGAUGACGGCGCUUUUGCCUCAAAUAUGCAAUUAAAAGCUAUCGGCUUAGACGGCAAUAAAUUAGUAGACUUGAAAGGAAUAUUUACAACUACACAACCGCUUGUAUGGUUAAAUGUAUCCAAUAAUGAGUUACUGUGGUUUGACUAUAGUCAUAUACCGACCAAUCUCGAAUGGCUGGAUAUGCAUGAAAAUAAAAUAGAGAAACUUGAGGAUACGUAUGGCGUGAAAGAAACAUGCAACGUGAAAAUGCUAGAUGUAAGCAACAACAAGCUAAGAAGCAUCGAUGAGUUUUCAUUUCCCAGUAGCAUUGAGACGGCCGCGUUAAACCAUAAUCACAUUGAAAAAAUUAAUCCUGGGACUUUUCUGCAAAAAUAUAACUUGAACAAAGUUAUACUUUAUUCAAAUAAAAUCAAGACAUUAGACGUGGGUGCCUUCGCUAUAUCAUCAGUUCCGGAGGACAAAGAUUUGCCAGAGUUCUAUAUCAGUGAAAAUCCAUUUGAGUGCGAUUGUACAAUGGAAUGGUUACAACGGAUAAAUCAAUUGAGUGACCUUAGACAACGACCUAGAGUAAUGGAUUUAGAAAGUGUAAGGUGUUCUUUAACACAUUCACGAAGUAAUUCAGAUAUGCUUUUGCUCGAAGUGAAAUCUUCCGAAUUCUUAUGCGAAUAUGAUUCCCACUGCUUUACUUUGUGCCAUUGUUGUGACUUUGAUGCCUGCGACUGUAAGAUGACUUGUCCAGAUAAGUGUUCAUGUUAUCAUGAUCUCACCUGGAACUCCAACGUAGUCGAUUGUUCCAGUGCCGGUUACGAUCACGUGCCUGAACAAAUACCAAUGGACGCGACCGAAAUCUAUUUAGACGGAAACGAUCUAAAAGAUUUAGGUAAUCACGUAUUUAUCGGUAAAAAGCGACUGCAAGUUUUGUAUCUUAACAACAGCAAUAUAAACACAAUACAAAACAGAACUUUUAACGGGAUCGAGUCACUGCGUGUACUUCAUUUAGAAAACAAUAACUUGGAGACGUUGAGAAACACGCAGUUCACAAGACUACAGAAUCUCAACGAGCUUUAUUUACAAGAUAACAAAAUCAAAGUUAUAGAGAACGACACCUUUAAUUACUUGCCGGCAUUGGAGUUUCUGAAUCUCGACAACAACGGAUAUGUUGAUUACAUGCCGUGGCGAGUCAUCACAGAUAACAAUCCUCGCACACGAGUGUCCGUCGAAGGAAACAACUGGAUAUGCGAUUGUAAAGACGUAGCGCAGUUGAACCAAUGGCUAAUAAAAAAAUCAAAAGACACCGAGAGCAUGAUGUGCUACUUUGCUCAUGGCCAGCCGAUGAAUAAAACUAUAGCGAUCGUGUCUAAGGAAUGUAAAACAGAGACCACUACAGAGGAAACCGGGACCGAGACUCAAAAGCGGUUAUUCAUCGAAACGAAUGAUGGGGUCGAAAAUUAUAUUCCAUAUAUUGCGGGAGUCUUGAUAAUAGUAAUCGUGCUUUUACUGAUGUGUGCAUUGUUUCUCUUCGUAUUCAGGGAAGACUUUAAAUUAUGGAUGCAUUCAAAAUACGGCGUCCGAGUAUUCAGUUCCACGCCAAAGGACAUGAACGACAAUAAAAAUAAGCGUUUCGACGCAUUCUUUGUGUACAACUCACGAGAUGAAGAUUUCGUCACGCGUGCGGUGAGCUCUGAGUUAGAAAAUUCGGGUCACACUUUGUGUUUACAACACAGAGACUUACAAUUAAUCGAGAGACGUUCUAGUGAUAGUUUAGUGAGUGCAUCCGAGAGUUCAAAAAGACUCGUGAUAGUGUUAUCUAUAAACUUUUUACAACAAGAGUGGUACGCGCCCGAAUCGAGGGCGGCCGUACAGAGUGCUAUAAACUCAGUGAACGUUAGACAUAGGCGUCAAAAAAUAGUUUUCCUCGUAACCACUGACUUAAGUGCCAUAAACAUUGAUCCAGAUCUUAAAGUGUUACUCAAAACGUGUACAGUGAUCGUGUGGGGUGAAAAGAACUGUUGGGAGAAACUAAAUUUUCGGUUGCCUGACGUUGACGUCACGCUGCCGAAUCGGACGCUUCACAACGCGAAUAAUAUUAAGACUAGUAAUAGGGAAGGGUUCGGGAGGCACGGCAAUUUGAGGUAUACCGCGCCGCCUACGUCCCAUGACCCGUGGUACAAAUACGGGAUGGCGCCUCCUAUCUUAAUGAUGUCGAGUCCGAUGCAUUCGACGAGCGCGAGUGCGGAGGUCUCGGCGCGUAGUACUGAGGACGAGACGUGCUCGGUGGCCAGUAGUGAGGGUCGGCCCGAUGACCGGUUGCCGCACCACCACAGCUACGUCUCCAUAGACAACCACCAGUGCGAGGAGCGCCCUCUCAGGCCCGCUCAACAGAUACCCAUGUCAAACACGAGGCCCACUAACGUGAGAAAGACUUACUUUGUAUAGAGUUACGAAAAUGUGAUUUAUUUUAAUUGUACAUAUUAAUUUAAGUAUUCAAUCGUAGUGAUAAGAUUUCGAUGAAUUUGAAACUCUAAUGUCAUACGUACGUGUAAUAAAUGUAAUGUUAAUUACGAGAGAUAAGUUGGUGCUGAACACUAUAUGUAAUGAGGUAACCACGGGGUUCAUAACCUUUUGUUGUUAUUUGUUGGUUUACUACACGUGCAACGAGUACCUUAUCAUCGAAUAUUGUUUACGUAAUAGUAUUCGACUGCAUUUAAAUAUUUAACGUACCUGUUUAUCGAGGCAGCCAUCAUGUUAGCUGCCUUUUUUGUACAUGAGUUACAAAACAAAACAUUCCUUAUCUUAUGUAACGCCGAAUCUUUGUAAUGUUAUGAGGUUCCUUACUAAAUUAGUCUAUCUCUAUAUCUUUGUGAAGUUGAGGACUAAUUUGUGAUAAUUUAGGUACUUAUUUUUGUCCCUACGAUUCGAAGUAUAAGUGUAUAAAAGAACAAAAUAUUGUUACAAUGUAAAUAUUUAACUAUAAAGUUUUACAGCUGUCGAAGAACUGAAAUGUACCCUAGUCAAUUGUAAAUAGCUAUUUCUAUGUGUAAGUAUAUAAAUUUGUGAUGUAAUUACUAGUUAGAUUAUUAAAAAAAUCGUAUUUAUUACGCUUCCGAAAUGCAGAGUAUAAAAUAAAAAUAAUAUUUUUGUCUAAA